UCUCAUAUUUCGGCUUCGGCUCUCUCUCUCUCUCUCUCUCUCUCUCUCUCUCUCGCCGUUUAGGUCAUCUCACAAGUUCAAGAAUUCGAAAGAUUGAUCUCUCCCACUCCCUCUGCUUACGACAGAAGACCCACUAGCUCUGCACUUCUGUAAGGCUCCGGAAGUAGAAUUGUGAUUUGUUGCUCCGGAUUUAUCCUGCUUCCCGACAAUGGAUAUCAACACUUCUCGUGGAGCCAAAGGUAUUUCACCCGGAGAUUGGAGGCAUAAGCCAAUGCUUUUGCGAAGACAGAGGCUUUCUGAUAUAACCAAUUUGUCAAACAGUGUCUUCAGCAAUGGAGUCGUCAAUGAUGCCCCUGAAAAUCGGAAGACCGGCUCUCCCGUGAUGGCCAACGAAUGCAUCGCCAAGCUUUUCAAGGAAAACAAUGUUCUGAUGAGGGCUCUUGCAGAAAGAAAUACAGAGGUGCAAAAUCUCCGAUUGAUGGUGGCAAAACUAAACCAGCAGAACUGGCAGCUUGCUCAGGCUCACUCUCAAAUGCAAGCGGAGCUCAACCUGGGCAAAGACAGACUGAAAGCAGCACAGCAUGAACUUGGUUGCACAUCAACUGCUCUGAGAGUAAAAACCCAGGAAUUGGAGGAACAGAAGAAAUUGAACAAGCAAAGCGCGCGAACUCUGGAAGGUGGCAUUAAGGCUGUAGAUACUGCUUUAGAAACAUCUCAGUUACUUUCUCAUAAGAGGACUUGUCUUCCCAACAAAAAGCGCCCUCAGAGAAGUCAAUCACUUGUACAUACACCUGUAACAAAUCAGAUAACCACUGAGGAGGAUAACCACUUUCUUACCACCAAUCCUGCCUUUCUAUCCACUCAGGAACCGAAGAAAUUGAACAAGCAAAGCACGCAAACUCUGGAAGGUGGCAUUAAGGCUGUAGAUACUGCUUUAGAAACAUCUCAGUUACUUUCUCAUAAGAGGACUUGUCUUCCCAACAAAAAGCGCCCUCAGAGAAGUCAAUCACUUGUACCUACACCUGUAACUAAUCAGAUAACCACUGAGGAGGAUAACCAAAGCAGGAGAACUCUACGGAGAAAACUAACUGUCUUGAAAGCUGAAUCAUGUGUACCGCCUUCUGAGGACCUUUUUGAGAUAGAGGAUGCAAAAUAUCCAAUAUGCUCGGGAGAAAACAAGGGAGAAAUAAAGGAUGGAGGUUGUUCUCUUCAGCCAAAGCCGUUCGCUCCAACAAUUCCAACGAAAUCCGUCAAGGAAGAGGUCGAGGAUGUGCAGGUUACCUCGAGUUUAAAUAGAACAUCUCUUGGAAGACCCCUGCGCAGGGCAGCCGAAAAGGUCCAUUGCUAUAAAGAACUGCCCCUCAACGUCAAGCUACGAAGGUCUGAGUAGCAUUACGUGGUUGGCUUAAUUUGAAGUGAUUUUUUCUACCCCUCAACACCAAGGUACGAAGAGGUCAUCCUUGAGUGCUUUUGUUUUCUACAAACAAAUAUGAGAUUUUACGGGGAUGGUGAUGUUGGGGAGCUAAUGAGUUUUAGAGAAGGAAUUCAGGUUUUUUUCUGAU